CCCAGGCGUCUCUCAGGCUCCUGGCCCCGCCGUCCCCAGGGUUCAGCCACGCCCUCCCCACGGUCUAGUCCAGACAGGCUCCUGUCCCGCCCUCCCGGCGGGGCUGGGAACCACCGAGACGGCCGAACCUCCGAGCGGGCCAGAACGGCCGGAAGUGGGCAGGGUGCGUGAGCGAGGCCCGUUUCAGGCGGCGUCGCGCAUUUACGGGCCUUGGGCUGGCCUCCGGUAGGGUGUCCCAGCCAAGACCAGUGGACACCAUCCAUCAAGCCUCAUGGUAGGAAGCUUGGCUGCCUCCAUUCCCACACUUGCUCUGGGAAGCCUCCACCUCCUACUUUGGGCAUCUACCCUGCCCCCUGGGCCUGGACGCAAACCCAGACCCACCCUCAGCCCUCACUGGCUCUUGCCAGGCUCAGGCACCCCCCUUGGCACCCCAAAGGCAGUGAGCAAACCUCUGCCAGAUCUGAGGCUUGUGAGAGGGAGGGUCAUAUGGUUACCAAGAGCCAGGUCCCUCCUCUCCUCUUAAAUUUCCCUUUCCUCUGAUUUUGGAGGAAGGAGCUGGGCAACUCUUGCCCAACCCCUUGGUGCACCUGCCUGAGAUAUGCUGUGAUGCCGUGCAAGAAUGGGGCUGGCACCCAGGGAUCCCUGGGGUGCUGGUGUUUGUCCUUUCAGGAGGCGGUGACAUUUGGUGACGUGGCUGUGCACUUCUCCCGGGAGGAGUGGCAGUGUUUGGACUCUGGCCAGAAGGCCCUCUACAGGGAGGUGAUGCUGGAGAACCACAGCAGCGUGGCCGGACUAGCAGGAUUCCUGGUCUUCAAACCUGAGCUGAUCUCUCGGUUGGAACAGGGACAAGAGCCAUGGGUUAUCGACCUGCAGGGAGUUGAGGGGACAGAAGCACCAUGGACCUCCCAGACAGAUUCUACUGUUAGGCUUGCACAUGAGCAGGGGGACAUGGACUUUCUGAAGCCUCAGGGUCCUGGCUCUGCAGACACUUCCAAUUCUGAGGUCUGGUCAGAGAGACUUCCAAGCAGCCCUGUGCUGAGAGAAAGGGGCUCCCUUCUCCAGAAACAGUGUUUGAUUCAGGGGUCCGUGGCUCCCAAAACCUUCACCAAGGACACUACACAGGAAUCCCAGGAGCUGGGGGCCAGUGGCCUCAGCUGUCAGCCUGGUAAAGGUCAGAGAGCUGGUGCUCAAGGGAUGUCACAGCAAUGCCAGGUGUGCGGCAGAGACUUUGGACACACUCCAGAUCUGGCUCCAUACCAGGAAAUUAGUGUACAGGAGAAGCCUAACUGCUGUCAAGAAUGCCAAAAACAAUUGUCUGGCUGCUUUCAGGGGAAACUUUCAAGUAACUGCUGUGGAGAGAAGCCAUAUGAGUGUGAGGAGUGUGGAAAAGUCUUCAGGCUGUGUUCACAGCUUAAUCAACACCAGAGAAUCCACACUGGGGAGAAACCAUUCAAGUGUGUGGAAUGUGGAAAAGCCUUCCGCCUGAGCUCAAAACUAAUUCAGCAUCAGAGAAUUCAUACUGGAGAGAAACCAUACAGGUGUGAGGAAUGUGGGAAAGCGUUCGGUCAGAGCUCCAGCCUCAUCCAUCAUCAGAGGAUCCACACAGGAGAGAGGCCCUAUGGCUGCCRGGAGUGUGGGAAGGCUUUCAGCCAGCAGUCUCAACUAGUCAGACACCAGAGAACUCACACCGGAGAGAGACCCUACCUGUGCAAGGAGUGUGGCAAGGCCUUCAGCCAGAGCUCAACUCUAGCUCAGCACCAGAGGAUGCACGCCGGGGAGAGAUCUCAGAUGCUCAGAGCCUCAGAGAGCCCAAGCCUUGUUGUGCAUCAGACAAGUCACACUGUGGAAAAGCCCUUUAAGUGCAAUGAGUGUGGGAAGGCUUUCCGGUGGAUCUCUCGCCUGAGCCAGCACCAGCUGAUUCACACUGGAGAGAAGCCUUAUAAAUGCAAUAAGUGCACAAAAGCCUUUGGGUGUAGCUCACGACUCAUUCGCCACCAGAGAACUCACACUGGAGAAAAGCCAUUCAAAUGUGACGAGUGUGGGAAAGGCUUUGUUCAGGGCUCACACCUCAUCCAGCAUCAGCGGAUCCACACGGGAGAGAAGCCCUACGUGUGCCAUGACUGUGGGAAAGCAUUCAGCCAGAGCUCCAGCCUCAUCUACCAUCAGAGGAUCCACAAGGGAGAGAAGCCCUAUGAGUGCCUCCAGUGUGGGAAGGCCUUCAGUAUGAGCACGCAGCUCACCAUCCACCAGAGGGUGCACACCGGGGAGAGGCCCUACAAGUGCACCGAAUGUGGGAAAGCCUUCAGUCAGAACUCAACCCUCUUCCAACACCAGAUAAUUCAUGCAGGAGUGAAGCCCUACGAGUGUAGCGAAUGUGGAAAGGCCUUCAGUCGGAGCUCUUAUCUUAUCGAACACCAGAGAAUACACACUAGAGCCCAAUGGUACUAUGAAUAUGGGAACACCCUGGAAGGUUCCACCUUCGUGAGCCGUAAAAAGGUUAACACCAUAAAGAAACUGCACCAGUGUGGUGACUGUGAGAAGAUAUUCAGGUGGCGCUCACAUCUGAUCAUACACCAGAGGAUUCAUACUGGAGAGAAGCCUUACAAGUGCAACGACUGUGGCAAAGCUUUUAACCGUAGCUCGAGGCUUACACAACAUCAGAAAACACACAUGUGAUAGACCUUCCAUCUGUAGGAAUGAAUAGAUGUGAGUAAACCUGCAGCCUUAACUUGCUUAUGUUACAUGAGGUCAUUUAUAGUGGCAGGAAAAUAGAGUGUUGGGAUGGAUUCAGAAUUGUUGUUAAGAAUGUCCUGCUUCAUGCAAAAUGUUUAUUUACCCAUUAAAUAAAGCCUGUACCCCUCACACUCAGGGUGGUGUCUGUAGUUUUGGGUUUAUAGAGGGCAGGGCCAAGGGCCCACUUAGAGGAGCAGGCAUGAGGGGGACCGUAUGAGCCCUGCCACAUAGCAGGUUAAGGAAGUCACCUCAAAGGGCUUCAACAAUGAGGACAUGUUGGCGCUGUUAGAAGACAUCCAGAAGUGGCAUUCCUAGAAUUCACUUCUGACUGCUUUGCCUGACAGCUUCUCUUAAAAGUCAUCUCUGGGUAGAGCCACCCAGGGCUAGCCCUAUCCCCUUAAGAGGUAGGCUGGGUCCUGAGUUUGUCCUUCAGUGUGGGUGCAGCUGGCAUUCAUGGAGCAAGGGUCUCAAAAGUCACACCUGUUGUCCAGGAGCUUGCUGUGUGACCCAGGAUCUUUCUGCCUCCCUGAAACUUGGAGCUUUUUUGCUUACCCGAAAAUGUGUGCUGUUGAUGUAAGGAACCCAUCUUUUUGUCCCUGGCAGAGGAUAAGCACUUGUGACAGUGGGUGGAACACAGGGCCCUGGGCUGGAGAACCAUCUUGUUUGGUCCAGUGCCCCACUUUGCAGGGGACACAUCUGGAGAGGUCAAGAUGCAUUUGUGCUKCGUGGCACAUUUUCUUGAAACUUCUCAGCCUGAACCAAAAACUGCAAGGACUGAGAGAGCCAAAGAAUGUGCCCUUUCUGGAAGCCAUGGAGAGCCCACUGCUCCUCAAUAGAUCUGGAGAUGGAAAGCAGGUUACAGUAGUGGCCAGGGCUUCUCUGGCUACUCUGUGUGCCACCUGGGUGGGUACACAUGGUGGGCAUGCCAGCUGAGAAACAAAUGGGGAGUAGCCACCUUCAUGGUGAGUGGUAAGAGCCUGCUCUGGUGGGAGCUGGGGUUUUGUUU